ACCGAGCUGCCCUGCCCCAUGCAAGGCAAGUUGUUGCAUCAGUCAACUUUGAAGCUUCUUCAUGUUGUGUUUAUCUAUAAAAGUUGGAUGCCAAAUCCAAAGCGUUGCACUUAACAGAAAAAAGAGCAUAUUUUGUGAGACCCCAAAGAAUCCUCUCUUCCUCUCUUCCUUCCUUCCUUUCACAUCCCUUCCAUGGCUUCAUUCCCUCAUCUCUACUCUGAUCAUCUUCUUCCUCCCAACACCAACAACACUUUCUCUGAUGUCCGCACCCUAUUAAUGCCUGCUGGAGACUCUGGAAUGUGUAGCAUUAGACCCAAUCAUCAUGUCGAUUUGGCUGCCGGGGGACAGCCCUUCAUCCCCUCCCCGUCCGACGCCCUCUUGCCGCUUCUAACAAUGCCAUGUCCCGUCUCUGACAUGACUGUCCCGUCCUGGCCUGAGUCUAACAUGGGAUUGUAUGGCAUUCACAGCUUCAUCGGCAGCCAGGCGGCGUUGCCCGGGGCAUGCGAAUACGGCGAUGACCUCUUCGGGUACGUGCCUGAGUUGAAGCCUGUGUAUAGCAGCAGUAGCUAUGAAAUGGGCGGCGUGGAAGAGAGUAACAUUAAGGUGGCAAUUCGGUACUCAGAGGAAGAGAGGAAAGAAAGGAUUGUGAGAUAUUUGAAGAAGAGAAACCAGAGGAAUUUCAACAAAACCAUCAAGUAUGCAUGUCGGAAGACGCUAGCAGACAGGAGAACACGAGUACGAGGAAGAUUUGCUCGCAACAACAACGAGCUCUGUCACACUCAGAUCCCUCUCCAAACCAACCAAUUAAACAAACAAAGAGAUCAAACGAAGAAGGAAGAGGAAGAGAAUUGGCUGCAAGAAUUAGCAGCAAGUUUAAUGUAUUUACCUUAUGUCACAGAUUUCAGUGGCCUUGAUGAUCAUCUGUAAUUAUUUCACAAUUAUUACAUAACUAUAAAAUUUUAUUAAAAAUCACUUUUUUUU